AUGGGCGAGGACGGCGCAAAGCUGCUUCAGCAGAGGCUGGCCGAACGAACCCGCGAACAUAAAGCAACUCGCGAAGCAGCCCUAGAGAACAAAUUUCGUAAGCUGCCUGCUCUAACUUCAUCCAAGAAUGACAAACUGGUGCACAACCUGUCGUCAAAGGAGCUGACGGAGGAACAAAUGCAGGUUUUACGGCAUGAGGCCUCAUUCAACACAGCCGAUGCCAAACCUGCCAACACGAUUGCAGCAGUGGAAUCAAUCCUCAGACAGACUGGAGCGACAAACGAAACGAAGAACAAUCUUUCGACACCAAGUGUCCUCCCCCCUCAUGGCUCGUAG